ACCCACUGCGCACUGCCCCACUUGCACUUGCACUUGCACUUGCACUUGCCUCUUCUCCAUCCUCCCUCCACUCCAAAUUCCAAUUCCAAUUCCGAUUCCUUCCUCCCAGUCCAGUGGGAAUCGACGCCGAUCCGAUUGAUGUACCCUCAAUUCCUCUCUCAUUUUCCCCACUCGCUCAAUAUUAUGCCUCUUGAUCAUCUUCCAUAUCUUCCCUCUUUGAAUUUCACCAACAAUUUUGCUUGCCCUUACUCUUCUCUUCUGCUCCACCUCCAUUAAUUGACCCCUUCUCCCUGGUUCUUGCUCAAAUUGCUUCCUUCUUCAUUAAUGGCUUCCAUCACGAGAAGAAUUUCUCGUCACCUCACCAGUUGCAAGCGCCGAAUCACUGCUCCGCCGGGCAGUCGGAGGCCGAACUUCCAGAGAGAUGUCGAAGGAGAUCCUAGCAAUGAGAUUCAACACGACAGCAGCUCCUUCUGCCUUUCCUCCUCCUACUACAGUGUCUUCGUCGUUCGCCUCGCCAUCAUGAUUAUGCUGGCGAUUCUGAUAGGUUUGUUGACAUUACUGACUUGGCAUAUUACGAGAGUCUACACUACCAAGUCGCUCAACACUUUAGCCUACGGUCUCCGGCACGAGCUUCUCCAGCGGCCCAUCCUGCGCAUGUGGGGAAUCCUGAACUCCACCGUUGAAGUUGCCGCUGCUCAGGUCAAGCUCUCCGAGUCGGUUAUCAGGCGCUACAACAACCCGGCCACUCAGGCGGAGCAAGUUGAGCAGCUCUACCAAAUGAUGAGGGACGUAACAUGGGCGAUGUUCGCAAGCCGAAAGGAUCUUAACUCCCUAACUCUCAACUACAGGAACGGAUUCGUCCAGGCUUUCCACCGGAACCAUGGAAAGAACACCACCUACUACAUAUACUCUGACCUCACCAAUUACUCCAUAGGCGGCUCGUACGGCGUCAAUUUGCUGUCUACACAUCAAGGAUGGGACGACCAAUCGAUACAUAGCAACAUGUCUGCUGUUUGGUACCAAGAGACUCUCGAUCCUUUAACCGGGGAGAGAGUUGGGAAAGCGAAGCGAAUUCCACCGGACGAGCUGAUCAACAUUGCCGGCAUUUCGCAAGUGCCUGAUGGCACAGCUUCGUGGCACAUAGCUGUGAGCAAGUAUACGGAUUCGCCCCUGCUUUCAGCAGCAUUGCCUGUUUGGGAUACAUCCCAUAACAGCAUCGUUGCUGUGGUUGGAGUUACAACUGCGCUCUACAGUGUUGGGCAGUUGAUGAAGGAACUUGUCGAAUUCCACAGUGGACACAUAUAUUUAACCUCUCAAGAGGGCUGGCUGCUCGCCACAUCGACGGAUACUCCUCUUUUGAAGAAUUCAACAAAAGGUCUUAAGCUAAUGAUGGCAGUCGAUUCCAAGGAUGACGUUAUACGUUGUGGGGCUAAGUACUUGCAAAAGACAUAUGGUAAUAAACUUCCUCCGAGCGUAGACAUGCAUAUAGAGAAUGCUCGGCUGAGGAACCGACUCUAUUACAUGGAUUCUUUCUUCCUAAACUUGAAGAGGCUUCCAAUGGUCGGGGUGAUCAUCAUACCGAGGGAAUAUAUAAUGGGAAAAGUGGACGAGAAAGCGUUCAAAACCUUGAUGAUACUGAUAUCAGCUUCGGUGUGCAUCUUGUUUGUGGGAUGCUUCUGCAUCUUCAUUCUAACGAAUGGAGUGUCAAAGGAGAUGAAGCUACGGGCGGAGCUCAUAAGCCAUUUGGAUGCAAGAAGGAAGGCAGAGGCAUCGAGCAACUACAAAAGCCAGUUUCUAGCAAACAUGAGUCACGAACUUAGGACACCUAUGGCUGCAGUGAUAGGGUUGCUCGAUAUCCUUUUGAGUGAUAACUGCUUAACGAAUGAACAGCACGCCAUGAUCACACAAAUCCGUAAAUGCUCCACUGCUUUGCUCCGACUUCUCAACAACAUUCUGGAUAUUAGCAAGGUUGAGUCAGGAAAACUGGUGCUGGAAGAUAAUGAGUUCGACUUAGGAAGAGAGCUUGAAGGCUUAAUCGAUAUGUUCUCUGUCCAGUGUAUAAACCACAACGUUGAGACUGUUCUCGACCUGUCUGAUGAUAUGCCUAAAGCAGUUCAAGGAGAUUCGGGUCGAGUGCUUCAGAUUUUCGCUAAUCUUAUCAGCAAUUCAAUCAAGUUUACGACGUCUGGACACAUCAUUCUGCGUGGAUGGUGCGAGAACACAGAAAAGUAUAGCAAGACGAACAAUUUAUCCUUCACCUUGAAGGAGUCUUGGUGUGCACAAAAAUUGAAGCGAAAGCGUGACUUGAGCUAUGGAGGGACAUUCUUCCGGAAAGAAAGCAAAAUGAUACUUUGGUUCGAAGUUGAGGACACUGGCUGUGGGAUUGAUCCAAGCAAAUGGGAAUCGGUAUUCGAAAGUUUUGAACAGGCGGAUCCAUCGACUACUCGACUACAUGGUGGCACUGGGUUAGGCCUGUGCAUUGUGCGAACUUUGGUCAACAAAAUGAAAGGAGAAAUCAAAGUGGUAAAGAAGAAUGGACCGGGAACUUUGAUGCAACUGUACCUUGUUCUUAACACUCCGAUGGAUAGCAUUAAGCCGCAAUUGCAGUUAUGCUUAGAAGAUCAAAACCUGCGAGUUGUGCUUGCAAUUAACGGGAGAAUGACUAGGCGAAUAAUGGCGCAGUGGUUAAAAAAGAAGCGGGUGUCUACCAUCGAAGCAUCCAACUGGAAUGAGUUGACUUUGAGCCUGGAGGAACUCUUCAUAAACACCUCGAAUUCUCCUCCCGGACAUGGGGAAACUCAAGAACCGAAUACAGAGGACACUGCUGCUUCAGUCUAUGUCAUAAUUGUCGAUAUUGUCUUGCUUGAACUCAGUACUGAUGCAUGGAUACAGCAGAUGGAAUUCCUCGACAAGCAUGGUGGGAGAGCCAAUUUUGCUUGGAUUUUGAACCACGACACGUCCAAUGUUGUCAAGGCUGAGCUUCGCAGACGAGGCCAUUGGAUGAUGGUCAAUCGGCCUCUUUACAAGGCAAAAUUGAUUCAGAUUUUUGAAGCUGUUGUAACAGGACGAAGCUCAAAUGUGGGGAAUGGCCUGAGCGGGUUUCAAACUCCUGCCCGAGAUGAGAAGCUGCGUCAGGUUAUUGAAACCAAUCAUGGGGAGAUGGAAAGAGAAUGUGAUGAUGCUGGAGAGAAGAGCGGCAAAGUCUUGAACAUGGGUCCAGUAGUCAAUGACAGUAAUGAGGAACAACGCCGGAGUCUGGGGAACAAUCAUGGAGAUCAAAAACAAAAUAGUGAGUCUGCUAUUUACGGACAAAAGAGUCUUAAGGGGUUGAGUAUACUUCUUGCAGAGGAUACACCGGUGCUUCAGAGAGUCGCGACGAUAAUGCUCGAGAAAAUGGGAGCCAAGGUGUUUGUAGUGAGCGAUGGGGUCCAAGCCGUCGACGCUCUCAAGGAUAAGAUUCAUCCGCCGGCGCCCGAAUUCGAGAAUGAUUUACCAUUGCCAUAUGACUUGAUCCUUAUGGAUUGCCAAAUGCCUAAGAUGGACGGCUAUGAGGCGACAAAAGCCAUACGAAAAUCAGAGGCGGGUAGCGGGUUGCACAUCCCGAUAGUGGCGUUGACGGCUCAUGCAAUGUCCUGCGAUGAAGCCAAAUGCCUACAAGUGGGAAUGGAUGCCUAUCUUACAAAGCCCAUCGACUGCAAGCUCAUGGUCUCCACCAUCCUUUCGCUCACCAAGCCUAAGGGUAGUUGGACCAGGAACAGGAACAGGAGCCCAAACUCACCUGUCAUAUCAUGAUAUAUAUGCAGCAGCAGCUUCUGUGCCGCCUCAUUUUGUAGAAACGACACAAGAAAACACAUAAGAUUUAGUUAAUUAGCAGCACACGAGUUCUAGGUUUAAUUUUGGGAGAAUGUAUAAUAUUACAUGUAUAUAUGAAUCCAUACAUGUUUGAA